AUGGAACCAAGAAAAGAAUCGCCAUUAAUACACUACAAACUACUAAAGCAGAUUGGCGACGGGUCGUUUGGAUCUGUUCACAAAGCAAGGAAAAUUACAUCCAGCAAAAUAGUAGCCAUAAAGAUUAUGAAAAAGAAGCUAAAUGGCGACCACAUUAAAGAAUACAACACUCUCAAGAAGCUCACAGCACAUCCAAACAUUGUAAAGCUGUACGAAACAUUUAUUGAUACCACCAAAGACUUUUACUUUGUCAUGGAAUACAUGAAUGGCGGCAAUUUGUAUCAAUUCAUCAAGGAUCGAAAAGAAGCAUUUGACAACAUCCAGACCCACGAAGUGAAAACUAUUUUGUUUCAAGUCUUGUCUGGACUACACCAUAUUCAUCAUGUUGAAGGCAUCUUUCACAGAGACAUGAAGCCAGAAAAUAUAUUGAUAUCUUACGAUAAUGACACUUUGCUGGUAAAACUGGCUGAUUUUGGGCUAGCAACAAGCAUAAAAUCAAAGCCUCCGUACACCAUUUACACCUCUACCAGAUGGUAUAGAGCACCAGAAAUCUUACUGAAAUCCCCAGCUUAUUCUUAUCCCAUUGAUCUAUGGGCUGUGGGUACUAUCUUUGCAGAGCUGGUGACCCUAAGGCCACUGUUCCCAGGACAAUCAGAGAUUGAUCAGUUGUUCAGAAUAUGUCAGGUCCUCGGUAGUCCUGGUAUAACCUCAACUGUGUCACGAAAAAAGAGCUAUCAUCAGCUAUUGACGCAUCAAAAGAUACCAUCGCCUCUAGUCAAUAUCUAUACAGGUAUCGGUGGUGAAUGGAAAGAUGGAGUCAAGCUAGCUCAGAAAAUGGGAUUUCAAUUUCCAAAGAUUUCACCAAGAAUUGAUUGCCUCUCAUCUGUAUUACAGCCUCACCCAAUCUCAAACGAUGGCCUCGAUUUGCUAUCAAAAUUGUUACAGUUUGAUCCUUACAAACGCAUCACAUCAUCAGAAGCAUUGAACCACCCAUUCUUUACAAACAACAACGAUGACAAUGCACAGCUGAUUACGACAGCAAAAGCAACCAGUGCAUUGUUUGAUUUACCCAUUAUACCUCUGUCACCAUUCAAAUUAGAAGAAGAAUAUUCCCAAUGGGACCUGCUAAAAAAGAAAGCGUCUUCUACUGUAUAUAGCCAAGAAGAACAAGAACAAGAACAGGUUGAUCACCAUGCAUUGACACCAUCGUUAUUUCCAAGAACCAAUAGCUAUCCUAGUGACUUAUACAGCAUUGCAACUUGCGACAAUAAUGUAAUAGAACAUAGCAUGAUGAAACGAUCUAUAUCUGAUUUAUCCAUCCCGUCCAAUAUCAUACCGCAUCAAGAAAUACAAAAGGAUCAAAAGAAGAAGCCCAUCAAUCGAUUGAGCAUUUGGGCAAGAAAACAUAUCAUUGUUUAA